CUAAUGAUCUACCUCUCCUCCACUGCGUAGAUCGCUCUCUCUGCGCUUCUACUUUCGCUUUAAUCGUUCAACUUUCUUCUCUCACAAUGGCCACCCGAGUGAACAGAAAAAUUUCUGCGGCAUCAGCCAGGGCUCACACUCGGAGGGCCAAGAAGACCAAUUCCUUUCAGCUCCCCUCAGGAAUGCUUAGAACAACACUAUCAGUUUUGUUUAUUGGGUUUCUAGCAUGGGCUUAUCAGGUUGUUCGACCUCCUCCUCCCAAGAUCUGUGGCUCUCCUGAUGGGCCGCCAGUAACAGCACUGAGAAUCAAACUAAGAGAUGGAAGGCAUUUGGCAUACAAGGAGCAUGGUGCUCCAAAAGAUGCAGCCCAGUAUAAGAUAAUCUCUGUCCAUGGUUUUGAUGGUUGCAGGCAUGAUGCCAUAAUUGCCGAAGCGCUAUCUUCUGACAUUGUUGAGGACUUGGGGGUCUACGUUGUAUCUUUUGACAGACCUGGUUACGGGGAAAGUGAUCCUGAUCCAAAUCGUACAUUAAAAAGCAUUGCAUUAGAUAUAGAAGAGCUCGCAGAUCAGCUUGGAUUGGGAUCCAAAUUCCAUAUAGUUGGUAUCUCCAUGGGUGGACAGGUUGUUUGGAACUGCCUUAAAUACAUACCUCACAGGUUGGCUGGUGCAGUGCUCUUAGCCCCGGUUAUCAACUACUGGUGGCCUGGUCUUCCUACAAACUUAACUACUGAAGCCUAUUACCAAAACAAACUACAAGACCAAUGGGCUCUUCGAGUUGCUCACUACUUACCAUGGCUAACUUACUGGUGGAACACUCAAAAAUGGUUCCCGGCAGCUAGUGUAAUUGCUCGUAGUCCAGAUAUCCUUUCUCACCAAGACAAAGAACUUGUGCCUAAGAUGUCUAAUAGAAAUAGUUAUGUGGCGCAGGUGAGACAGCAAGGUGAAUAUGAAACUAUCCACCGUGACUUGAUUAUUGGAUUUGGUAACUGGGAAUAUACACCCAUGGAUAUUGAAAACCCAUUUCCAAAUAACGAAGCUUCUGUCCAUCUUUGGCAAGGUGAUGAGGAUUUGAUGGUUCCAGUCACACUGCAACGAUACAUAGUGCAAAACCUUCCAUGGAUUCACUAUCACGAACUUAAAGGAUCUGGCCACUUGUUUGGUUAUGUUGAUGGUAUGGUUGAUACUAUCAUCAAGUCACUUUUUAGUGUGAAGUAGGCUUCUAUGUUGGUCAGUGUCUAGCUCAGGUUAGCUUUGGCAUUUAAUAUCUCAGUUUUGGAGAAUUCAAAGCGUUGAACAGAAUGUCAUGUAUGAUCAACUUUGAACAACAUUGAGUACACUUAACUGAAGGGAGAAUCCAGUUACUUCUUAAUAAUUAUAUGUGAACGUCGAUCUUUUGUGUGAAAAGUUGUUUAACAGAAGCUGACUUGUUCCUCUCAAGCUGACGCGAUUUGAAAUCUGAGCAGUUUCUGUAAUCCUUUGGGAAACUUCUUUUCAAGAUGAAUGUGGUGACGGUCUUGAUCUAUAAUUAGGUAAUAACUACCAAUAUGUACCUUAUCAAACAGAUGAUAGUUGAUAACUGCUUCAUAAAU